AUGAUUCCUCCGAGCAGCACGGCUGAAGUCAGCGUGGACAGUGUGGAGAAAGAGAAUGAAGUGGAGAGCACAGAGCAGCCCCCAUCUCCAGCAUCAACUACCAGCCAGGAAUCAAAGCUGCAGAAACUGAAACGAUCCCUCUCCUUCAAGACUAAAAGCUUGCGGAGUAAAAGUGCAGACAAUUUCUUCCAGAGGACUAAUAGUGAUGUGAAACUGCAAGUAGAUUUGAUGCCUGAGGUGAGCACAAGCACUGGGCAGCUCCCCAACUCAGAGAGCCAGGCAUCUUCACCCACCAGAGCCCAACAGCUGCCAGAAAACAGCAAGACUCACAUUUUCCAGGAACACAUCUUCAAAAAACCAACCUUCUGUGAUGUCUGCAACCAUAUGAUUGUUGGGACAAACGCUAAGCACGGACUGCGCUGUAAGGCGUGCAAGAUGAGCAUCCACCACAAGUGUGCAGACAGUAUCGGACAGCAGCGUUGCAUGGGCAAGCUGCCAAAGGGAUUUCGACGGUACUACAGCUCACCACUACUCAUUCACGAACAGUUUGGCUGCAUCAAAGAAGUGAUGCCUAUUGCCUGUGGAAAUAAGGUUGACCCUGUCUAUGAAACUCUCCGCUUUGGGACUUCCUUAGCCCAGAAAACCAAAAAGGGAAGUUCUGGAAGUGGAUCUGACUCUCCCAACAGAAACUCUACAGCUGACUUGGUAGAAGUUCCGGAGGAAGGCAAUAGUUCUGCAGGCACCCUUGACAUAAGCAGAAAACGCAGCAACAGCGUGUUUACAUAUUCUGAAAAUGGCACAGAACACUUUGGAGAAGAACCAAAAAGUAUACAUUCCCCGGGACCAUUUUAUAAAAGCACGUUACAAAUGAACACCUAUGUUGCCUUGUACAAAUUUGUACCACAAGAAAAUGAAGACUUGGAGAUGAGGCCAGGGGAUAUGAUCACACUUCUGGAAGACUCUAAUGAAGACUGGUGGAAGGGGAGAAUUGAUGACAGAACUGGAUAUUUUCCUGCUAACUUUGUUCAGAGAGUGCAACAAAAUGAGAAGAUUUACAGGUGUAUCAGGACAUUCAUUGGCUGCAAGGAACAGGGACAGAUAACUCUGAAAGAGAACCAGAUUUGUGUGACUUCUGAAAAGGAACACGAUGGCUUUAUCAAGGUAUACAGCGGGAAGAAGAAAGGCUUUGUCCCCAUGGACGUCUUAGAAAACAUCUGA